AUGUCCAACAGCUUCACUCUUUCUGCCGGCCCUGACACCGAUGUGUGGAAGAAGCCCCCAACGACCAAUGUCUACAAUGCACCCAUUCAUGCCCUGCCAGCCAGGAACCUGAGCGAGUUCAAGUCAGCCAAGAUCACCUUCUCAGCAGACUGGACAGAACAGUACGAUCAAGCCGGCCUCAUUUUCACAUUCGACUCCGUCUCCGGCACUCGCGAGAGGAGAUGGAUCAAGACUGGCUUGGAGUAUUACAACGGUACCCCUCAACUCAGCACCGUCUCUUGCGACCGCUGGGCCGAUUGGAGCAUCGCCCCCCUCGCUGCCUUUGAGAACUCCAAGAGCAUCACCGUUUCCAUUGAGAAGGGCCGCGAUGGCCUUGGUCUGGGGUUCUGGGUCUACUACAUCAAGCAAGACGGCACCAAGGAGCCGCUCCGCGAAAUCUGCUGGGUCUACGGUGAUGAUGAUUCUUCCGGGAAGGAUUGGAGCUUGACUAUCGGUGCUCUAGUUGCCAGGCCCGCAAAGGACGCCAAGGAUGACCUUGUCGUUCAGUUCAAGGACUUCGAUGUGCAGUGGUCCAGCUGA